AUGGCUCAGGCGGGGGUUCCCAUCUCUCCUUCGGCCUCGUCCAAGCGCUCUCGUAGCAAGGACAGUACGCGUUCGCUUACCACCUCGUCGCUCAACACGCCCGCCGCGAAUACGCCUGCUGCAAGCACGAACAGCCUGGUUAUUCCCUUCUUGACUCCAGGUACACCUGGCGCCUGCCAUUUAUCCCCUCAAGACCCGACUCCAUAUCCAGUCUUUUUGCAGCCGACCGCGGAUCUGCGCGCCAAAUGGGAUCGCUUGGAAGAGAUAUCAAGAGCACGCAUAAAUGAUGCCGGUCCACUGAAUGCGUCGGAUCAACCAAGUCAGUGGGCGAGGUGUUGUGGCAAUGGAUAUGCCAUUCGCAAUCGAUAUGCGAAUGUCGACCCCUAUCAGUCCAACCGCGUGCAUCUUGAAGUACCAGAGGGUCAGUUUGACUACAUCAAUGCCUCACCAAUCAUUCUCGAGUGUACUGAAUCAGGAACCUUGCUCAAAUACAUCGCGACUCAAGGACCCAAGGCUGAUACCUGGUCGCACAUUUGGCGCAUGAUUUGGAAGGAGAAUCCCGAGUUUGCAGUCAUCGUAAUGCUCACCCAGACCUGGGAAGCGAACCGCGAGAAGUGCUAUCCCUACUAUCCACAAUCACUCGACGCCCCCGAUAUGCGCGUCAACGAGCAGGACGAAUUCCAGGAUGGCCUCAUCCACAACCUGCACUUGGCUUCGUACACGAUGGACGAAGAUGCGCGGACUCAAGUGAGGGAGAUAGACAUGACAACAGAUGAUGGAAGCGAGUCGAGGAAGGUCUGGCACCUCCUCUUUGCCGGCUGGCCAGACUUCUCGGUACCCGAGGGAGAUGAUCGGGCAGGUAUGCUGAAGCUGAUCGAGAUUUCUCACGAGAAAAAUGGGGGCGAGCCGGCGAAUCCGCGUAUCGUACAUUGCAGUGCGGGUAUCGGCCGUAGCGGAACCUUCAUUGCGUUGGACUGGCUCGUGCAGGAGCUCGAAGAGGGCGCACUGGAUGAGGUGCCAGAGUCCGAGGACCCGGUCAUGGACGUCGUCCAGAAGCUUAGAGACCAACGACCUGGCAUGGUACAGUCCGACUCACAGUUCCAGUUCAUCUACGACGUCAUGCGCGAGCGAUGGCGCGAACGAUGGAUUGCCCAACAUCCUGAUGAAGCGAACCAACUCGGCCUGACCACUGUCACGACGCCAUCCGACUGCGAGCAGCCUGCACUCAAACGCCAAAAGUCGAUACAUACUAGCGAUGAGGUUCCUCCGACAUCACCAUCCUCACAUAGCCAGGACCCGCCCGGUUCGCCGGAUGCGCUCGCACAACUAGAAGCCGAACUUCAGGAUGCCGAUAUGGAGUAUGAGCAAGGCAAGACCUAG